AUGGCUAUUUACGACAGAUUUAUGCAAUACAUUUACCAUCUCAUCCUAAUCGUCGAAUUAAUUCAAUGUUCUCCAUCUCCACUCCUUGCAGUUACCCAGCAUGUGCACAACUGCGGUCCGCAGACGUUCCUGAUCAGCCGCAAGGGCGGCACCCUGCUGACCAUCAACAAUUUCGUCUAUCGCUCCAAUCUCAAGUUCUACGGCAAGAGCAACGACAUCUUGUACUGGGAAUGUGUACAGAAUCGCUCGAUGAAAUGCCGCAGCCGCCUGAAGACCAUCGGCGAUGAUCUCUAUGUAACAAACGAUGUGCACAACCACAUGGGCGACACGAAGCGCAUUGAGGCAGCCAAAGCCUCCGGCAUGCUCAUACACAAGAAGCUGAGCUCUCUGACCGCCGCGGAUCGCAUACAUGGCUGGAAUCGGGCCGACAGCGGCAUCGAUCAAAUGGUUAAGUUUGAAACUGCGUAGGAAAAAAACCAAGAGAUCGAAGACUACCAAAAUGGAGUACAAUUUGUAAAACCUGAGCCCGAGACCCAGUAGGUUAUCUGAGGCUUACCAGAAAAAGUCAAUUCUUAUUGCAAAUAUUUAAAAUAUCGUUGAAAGAUCUGAGCAGCUAACCUAGUUAAAUGAAUGCCUUAGAGCCGCCGCAAAUGUUAACUACUGUAGUUAUAUUAAUUAUAAACAUUUAUGUAUAAAUUGAAAAAAGACAUAUUUUAAGCUUAGACCAGAAUUCACAAAAUGUUCGGUAUAGAAAGUAUUUGCACAACAUUUUAUGCGCUUGCAGUUUAUUAUAAUUUAUUUACGUAAAGUUGAAAGAGUUCUUUAAGCCCAUAAAAUAUAGAGUAUAUAUUUUUAGACAA